AUUUCCCCCAAUGUCGCGUACAUGGCAGCUGAGCUCGUCAUCGCGUUUCUCUCCACAGUCGGUAAUUUACUGGUCUGUAUCGCUGUCUGCAUCAACCGCAAUCUACGCACCGUCACCAACUACUUUCUGGUCUCGCUUGCAGUUGCUGACAUCUGUGUGGGCACUAUUGCCAUUCCCUGUGCCAUCCUGACAGAUGUCGGUUUACCACGUCACAGUUUUUACCUAUGUCUUCUCAUGCUCAGUGUGCUGAUAAUUUUCACCCAGAGUUCCAUCUUUAGCCUGUUGGCAGUUGCCGUAGACCGCUAUGUGGCCAUCUUCAUGCCGUUUCGCUACCAGGCCUUGAUGACAUCUCGAAAUGCCAUGCUGGUCAUCCUCACCACGUGGCUGCUGACCUUCUUCAUUGGGCUUGUGCCUCUGAUGGGCUGGCACAAGACACCACCUGAUUCAGGCUACUGUUUAUUUGUCUUAGUGGUGGACAUGACCUAUUUUGUGUACUUAAUGUUCUUUGUUUGUGUGUUGAUACCUCUGUUGAUCAUGUAUCUCAUCUACGCUCGUAUCUUUGUUAUGGUCAAGCGGCAGAUGAGACGCAUCGCAUCUGAGCAAAGUGGUCGAGGGGGAAAGCAGAUGAGGGAUGCGGCGAGCAUACGCCGCGAGAUGAAGACGGCCACGUCACUUUUUCUGGUUCUUUUCCUUUUCACAAUCUGCUGGAUCCCACUCCAUGUGAUUAACUGCUUCCUGGUUCUAUGCCCAGUCUGUCCAGUGCCAUUCGAGCUGCUGCUCACUACCAUCAUACUGUCACAUGCAAACUCUGCUGUUAACCCUUUCCUGUAUGCGUACACAAUGACGUCAUUCAGGGACACUUUUAAAGCCAUUUUCUUAUGCUGCCGACCGGUGAGAAACAGAGAGGCUGCAAAUAUGGACAGUUGUGAAGGUAGAGAGGGUGAAGCUGAACACCAGAGCUAA